GGCUCCUCCGACUGGGCGGGCGCGGACGGGAGCGCGCGGCUGCGCGGGACCGAGCGGCGGCGCGCGGUAAUCUGGAGCCUCAAAAUGUUUGCUAAAGCAACAAGGAAUUUUCUUAAAGAAGUUGAUGCUGGUGGUAAUCUGAUUUCAGUAUCAAACUUGAAUGACUCCGAUAAGUUACAGCUUUUAAGUCUGGUGGCCAAAAAGAAGAGAUACUGGUGCUGGCAAAGACCCAAGUACCAAUUUUUAUCUGUCACUCUUGGAGAUGUACUCACAGAGGACCAAUUUCUCAGUCCAGUGGUUGUGGAAUCAGACUUCGUGAAGUAUGAGGGCAAAUUUGAAAACCAUGUGAGUGGGAGCAUCGAGACUGUGCUGGGCAAAAUCAAGCUGAAUGUGGGAGGCAAAGGCCUCGUGGAGAGUCAGUCUUCCUUCGGGACCUUGAGGAAGCAGGAGGUGGACUUGCAGCAGCUCAUCAGAGACUCCGUGGAGAGAACAAUAAACCUGAAAAACCCCGUGCUCCAGCAGGUGCUGGAGAGGAGGAAUGAGGUCCUGUGUGUCCUGACGCAGAAGAUUGUGACAACGCAGAAGUGUGUGAUAUCUGAGCACGUUCAGAUUGAGGAGAAGUGUGGCGGCGUGGUAGGGAUCCAUACCAAGAUAGUGCAGGUGUCAGCAAUGGAGGAUGGGAAUAUCGUCAAGGACACCAGUGUGGUGCUGGAGAUACCGACUGCCACUACCAUUGCCUAUGGCAUCAUUGAGUUAUAUGUGAAACGGGAUGGCCAGUUUGAAUUCUGCCUCCUCAACGGGAAGCACGGUGGCUUCGAGCAGGAGCGGAGAUCUGACCCUGUCUAUCUGGACUCCCUGGCCUAUCGAGAGUUUGUUUUCAUGGAUGUGCCAGAUGCCAAGCACGGGAUGCUUUCCAAGGAUGGACUGUUAAGUGUUUUAAAACAAGCCACUCUGCCUCUGGAGAGGAAUUUCCAUCCCUUCGUGGAGCUGCCAGCGCAGCAGCAGCAGGCUCUGCACAACCUCCUGCAGGCGGUCCUGUUGGAUGAAGAGCUUCUGGUGGUCCUGGAGCAAGUGUGUGAUGACAUGGCUGGCAGCGUCUGGUCCCCACAGACAGCGCUGGCAAUGAGGGCACUGAAGGCCCCUCAACAGCAGGACCUCACAGCCUUCCUGCAGCUGGUGGGAUGCAGCAUACAAGGGGAAUGUCCCAGCCCUGAGGAUGAGGUCAGCAACCAGAAACUCUUUGCAACAGCCUACUUCCUGGUCAGCGCACUAGCAGAAAUGCCAGAUAAUGCUGCAGCUCUCCUGGGCAUUUGCUGUAAACUCCAGAUUAUUCCUACACUGUACCAUAUGCUUCGUGCUUUAUCUGAUGAUGGAGUAUGUGAUCUUGAAGACCCAACUUUGGCCCCUCUGAGAGAUACAGAAAGGUUUGGGAUUGUGCAGCGCCUCUUUGUUGCGACUGACAUUAACCUUGAGCAAGAGCAAGCAUCUGUGAAAGCUGUCAUCCUGAAGGACCCUCAUAUCUUCCCUCUAAUUCUUUAUAUUACUUUGAAUGGACUCUGUGCUCUAGGCAGAGAGCAUUAAUAACGUCUUGUCAAACAGAAGUAUAUGUAACUAGCCAAGGUGGGGUGUUUCUCAGAAUUAAAAUAUUAUUUUGGGGUUUAGGUCUAAUGUACCUUAAAAGUUGAUCAAUGAAAUGAGUUAUAAAGUAAUUUUAAUGGUGAUUUUCUGCACUAUGAAUGCCAGCAGGUACUUUUUUACAUGGUUUCUUUUCAUUAGGGGCCUUUUGCUGGUAAAUGGUUAACACUUCAUAUCCAAGGUAGAUUCUAGUAUGUGAAGAUCCUGGUGGGGGGAAGGUGAGAUUCUAAGCAGUUUUACACUCAGAUUUGUUUUCUACAGAAUAAUGGGUCCAUCUAUCAUUUUCUUACAUUUUCUACUUUGUUAUACAAAAAGAGGUGCCUGACACUUUAACCCAAAAUUCAUUUUAAAUUGUGAAUGCCAUAACAAGGCAGUGUCUCUUCACAGAAUCUACAUUUUGGAUAUGCUUGCUGCAUAUCUGGUGAAUGAAAAAUGAACUACAAGUGCUACUACAGACUAUUCUUCUGCAAAAUAAAUUAUACUAAAAAUUUAGUAGUAACACCCCCCAAAAAAGUUUAGCUAUAUCAUUUGACUUUGCUAUGCUUUGAUAAAUACAUUCUAUGUCUAGAACGAUGUGUUCUUCUUACACAUUUUAGUAGCUUAAAUUUUCCAAAAUUACAUUUUUAUCAAAGACAAUAUUCAACUGUAUAUAUUUUAGUUUUUGUUUUGUUAUUCUAUUAUAAAUGGCCUGGACCGUCUCCUUGGCGCUUCUGAAUCCACUGACAGGAUCUACCAUCCAUAACAGGCCUGAAGCCACUGGGGAUGAGGAACAGUAGUGGAUGGAGAGAAGCAUGUUACUCAGAACAUGUUGUUUUACCUUAGAAUCACCUGCUUAGUCUGUUUCUUCCUUUCAGUUUUUAAUUAUUAACAAGGAAGAAAUAUAGUAACACUUUUAUCACAUAUUUUAACAAUAAGUCAGUGUUAUGCAAAUGCUUAUUACUUGUAUGAGUGUGUGGGGAAAGAAUGUAAAACUUGCAGUGGCCACUGUACACAAAAAUUAUACACAAAUUGCAAAAAGAAAAUGCCAAGCCUUUUUGUCUGAUUUUCUGAAAUAUAAACUAGCUUCAAAAAGGA